UGAUACUGGAUGUGUUUUGAUGGAAGUUGCUGUUGUUUGUGGAGAGUUUUUAUUCCAUCUCUUCAAUUCACUAUAAAGACACAUCAAACGAUAAAAGGAGUUCGUGGACUUUGAACUAAUAGUGAGGUUUUUAAAAUUAGCUAAGUGACACCGUUGUAAUUUCAAUUCAUAGCUGGAUUGCUAUUGAAUCCUCGAUAAAAAAAAAAAAGAAAAUAGCAACGUAGCUAAUGUCAGUCAACGAUUUGAGACGUUCUUUGUUUAUGUUGUGCCAGACAGAACUGCAGUAUUUGGUUUCCUCUUUUUGAAGAUCGUUUUAUAUUUAUUUAUAAUUGUGCGUGAAUAUCGAUUACAAUAACGUUACAGGGGAGCUAACUAAUGUUAACGAUAGCUAGCUAGCAUAACUACAAGUCACGGACAAUUGUUGUCAACCUGCUGAGUUGUCCUCUAGAGUCUGAUCGAUAAGCGAGACAGCUGAGCUUUUUAGAUAGUGACGAGUGUGGAAAGAUUUCAGUCUAGUUGUUGUGUGAUCGUCAUUUGCGCAUCACUCAGUCAGUCAGCUCAUCUGCGACCUGUUGGUAGAGCUAGCUACAUGUCAGCCACCAACCUAUGUCUCAGUUGGCUUUGUGUGUAACUUAGCAAGUUGGUUGCGCAAUUCCUGUAUGCUAGCAACUUGUCAGUAAGGAUCACUUCAAAGUAUGCUAACAGUAAUCGGUCGUCGCUAAAUUUUUAGUGUCUUGGUCUCUGAGAAGGUACCAUUUGUCUCAUUGUCAAUAUAUUUCAGGGUGUUUUAUGUAAAGCCGUAUUAUUUAUGUUUAUGAAUUAAGUAUUUAUUGUGGUAUUAACUUCAUGUUGUAUAGAAACAAUAGGAGUGUUUAAGAAGAGAAGGAUUAGGCAGUCUAGUAUUAAAGAAAGGUCCAGUUCUGGCACAGGCAGAGAACCUUGUUGAAAAUCCUUCUCCCUACUUGCCAAUGCUGGAUCUGGAAGUUGUUCCGGAAAGAUCUUUAGGAAAUGAACAAUGGGAAUUCGCAUUAGGGAUGCCAUUGGCCCAGGCCAUUUCCAUUUUACAGAAACACUGCCGCAUCAUCAAGAAUGUCCAGGUUCUUUACAGUGAACAAAUGCCACUCAGUCAUGACCUCAUACUCAACUUGACUCAGGAUGGAAUUAAACUGCUGUUUGACGCCUGUAACCAGAGACUGAAGGUGAUUGAAGUAUACGACUUGAGCAAAGUUAAAUUGAAAUACUGUGGAGUACAUUUCAACACUCAGGCUAUAGCACCCACCAUAGAGCAGAUUGACCAGUCCUUUGGCGCCACACACCCUGGAGUAUACAAUGCUGCAGAGCAACUGUUCCACCUGAACUUUCGAGGACUCUCCUUCUCCUUCCAGCUUGACUCAUGGAAUGAAGCUCCCAAGUAUGAGCCUAAUUUUGCCCAUGGCUUGGCCUCCCUGCAGAUUCCGCACGGGGCCACAGUGAAACGGAUGUACAUCUACACUGGGAACAACCUACAGGACACCAAGGCCCCAGUGAUGCCCCUUGCCUGUUUCCUUGGCAAUGUUUAUGCAGAGUGUGUGGAUGUGCUGAGGGAUGGGGUGGGGCCACUUGGUCUGAGACUUCGCCUCCUCACUGCAGGAUGUGGGCCCGGGGUGAUGGCUGAUGCCAAGGUGCGUGCCGUGGAGAGGAACAUUUACUUUGGAGACUCCUGUCAGGAUGUGCUGAGCGCUCUGGGCUCGCCACACAAAGUAUUCUACAAGUCCGAAGACAAGAUGAAGAUCCACUCUCCGUCGCCUCACAAGCAGGUCCCGUCCAAAUGCAAUGACUACUUCUUCAACUACUUCACUCUGGGGGUGGACUUACUCUUUGAUUCUAGCACACACCUGGUGAAGAAGUUUGUCCUUCAUACUAACUUCCCCGGCCAUUACAAUUUCAACAUAUAUCAUCGAUGCGAUUUCAAGAUUCCACUUGUCAUCAAGAAAGAAGGUGCUGACGUUCAUGGGGAGGACUGCACCCUCACUACCUACAGCAAGUGGGAUCAGAUUCAGGAGCUGCUUGGACACCCCAUGGAGAAGCCUGUCGUGCUCCAUAGGUCAUCCUCGGCAAAUAACACCAAUCCCUUUGGCUCUACAUUCUGUUUUGGACUACAGCGAAUGAUCUUUGAGGUGAUGCAGAACAACCACAUAGCUUCAGUGACCCUGUACGGCGCCCCCAGACCCAGCAGCCGGGCCAGAGCCGAGGCCAGCGGCCACUGAACAGCAACCCAACCCAGGCCCCAACCCAUACCCGGCCUGAGGGCUGUCUCCCCUCCUCUCCAGUCCGCUCCACGGCAGCCCUGGGCUGAUCAGCAGUGUACUCUCUGUCUCAGCCACUGCCAUCUUCACACCAGAGAGGCCUGCUAGGAGCUCCUCUGGACCCAUCUUUCCCUGCGUGACGGGCGCCUCAUGCAGGGCCCUGCUAGGAGCCUUACGGCAGCCAUCAUCCCUCCCCCUCUGACUCACCCUGUCCCAAUGGUCUUCAUCAUCAGAACACUCGUUAGAUGUGUUGACAGUGUUUCAUCAAUGCACAUUUGGAUGCCUGCGAGCACAAACAAAUGCUCACCUGCGUGCAUGCUGUAGUUUUUUUAAAUUUACAUUUUAAUACAUGCUUAACAUACAUCAGAAACCGAUACCAAAAGCCUGUACAGACACCAAAACCAUUUCAAUCCUUUCUCCACUAUAUGUUCAUGUUGCCGAUUUAAAACACAUGCAUAUGGAUACAGGCUCAUCUGCAGCACUAACACUUGCAUAUCAAGUACAUCAUUUCAUACACAGACAUAUACACAUACAGAAACAAACAUGCAUGCACAUUGACAUAAACCAAUGCAUGCACACAGAAACAAACAAUUGCAUGAACAUAGAGGUUGUUGUUUUUAAGAGGAGAGUGGUAAAAGAUUGCAAGCACAAACUGGCCACACCAUGGAGUGUCCUAGUGCUUUGCAUGCUGUGAGGGAUACUGUCUUGGCACAUGAACAAACACACAUACUGGCACACACACACAUUCAUACACUCAUGCCAUGACCAAGUCCACAGCAUAAGCCACCUCCUAUUGCAAGGCGGUGAAGCACUAAAUGCAUUUGUAGUUUUUGUGUUUUUGCGUGGAACGAUAAAAACGUCGGUUUUAACAUUUGCACUAAGAUGCACCAUAUUUACUUGAUUAUUGUCUCCUAUCCACUGAGGAUUGUGUAUUUUGUUUCCAUUAGUGAUGACUGAGGAAAGGCUCCCGCUCCUCUUAUCACCUGAAUUGACUUUGGAGAGAAAAGCCAUGAUUCUUUCCUUCCAGAUGUACACCAUCCCCUCCAAUGUCCACUGCUACCACUGUCCUUUACAACCUUCCUCCCCAUGCACUCUCAUGAUUGCUCCCUUUCUCCAUCCAUUUCCCCAUCCUCAUCUCUUUUUCUAUUCACAAGAAAUAUCUCAAUUAAUCCAGCUUAGAUGUACUUCAUCAUUGCUGUCAUUCUUUAUAACAAAUGUUUUGUUAAAUUGCCAACAUUUUAGCCAAAGAUGUUUUAGCAUGUUUUAAGUUAUCCAGACAUUUUAGUUUGUCAACUUCACUUCUUGCCCAGAAGAGCAGACAUUCCCUCCUAAAACAAUCUUUUUUUUAAAUGCAGGCCCCUGAACCAUAAUCUUAAUCUCAUCUAAGUACUUCUUGAAUAUAUAAUCUUCUUUAUAAUUGCUUUGUGCUUUUUAAUGCAGAUAUUUUAUCAUUCAGUUUUUACUCUACCAAGAUGUCUCCUGUAUCUGUAGCAGGUAGAUUUGGGACUAUGUGCAGCAGCAGUCUCUUUGGUGUUUGUACAGAUUUGUAAAUAGUGUGCUCUUUUGUCUUGUCAUUUUCAGAUAAUGGUACAAUGUGGGCCUGAAUUGUUUUAAGGUCAGAGCACACACCAGACAAAACACUUGUAUUAAAUAGGAAUUCUGUUUGAUGUCUAUCUCCCCCUAGUGGAGAGAACACUGGCUGGCGCUCCUAAACCCUGGUCCUGAAUGGUUCAUUCAUCUCUCUAGCUCAGCUUUAACCACUAUUUGUACUAGAGACAGAUGCUGAAGAUAGGAUAAAUCAGAGAGAAAGAUGGGUUACUGUUGGAUAGGGAAGGGAGCCCUGUACACUCUGUUUAGGACCCCCGGAUGUGUGUGUGGUCAGUCGCCCUGUUAUAGUGGGUUGAUCAUGUACUGGUGCUAGAUCAGAGGUAUGUCAUGUUGGGAUUCUGUCACAGGUGGCUGGUCUGCCAGUCAGACCAGCCCUCCAGGCCUCAGCUUUGCAGCGUGUGAUGCAGGCUUAUUACAUAGACUUGUUUCAUGAGUUGCGAUGACAAAAGCCUGUUCUGCUGUUGAUGUUGUUAACAUUGUAUCCAUUGCUUUGUUCAAGUAGUAUACAAAAAAAGAAAAGGAGAAGCAAAAAUGCUUUGUUAACAUUGUGCCUCAUUUCCCACCAAGCCUGUCUUGACUUCUCUCUGUAAAUGAAACUAUUGAACAGCAUUGAGUAAGACUGAGCAUGACAAGCUAACAUGAUCGACUGACUGUCACCCAUAGGCCAUCAUUUUCCUCUUGCUCCAAAAAACAUGACAAGUUGUAGAGUAAAGACUUGAUGUACAGUACAGGUCCUGAGCUCAGUCAUGAAGGGCUAAUCCUCAUCUCUCAACAACCCCUGGCGUUCUGAUUGGAAGAUUUGCACAAUACAUUGUUUUGGUUUGUUCUAGUUGAUGAACACAGAAACAUAUAUAUCACUGAACAUCUCACAACAGGACUUUGGUUUUAACAUCAGUCUGACCACCACCAUCGGCCAGCCCUUCAUGACCUGAGCUACACACACUGGUUGUUUGAGUUCAAAUACAAUGCAAUGCACUUCCGGCCUGGUAGAUUUGUUGCAUCUGAUUUAACUCCCUGUAGAUGAGUUUGCAUUUAUAUUAGCGAGCAAACAAAUGCAACACAACCAAUGUUGUGGUAACGUUUCUGGAAUUUUACUGCUGAGAAUGAGCUGGGACGUGCUUGCCCAAUCUCAGGUGGACAUAGAUAUUUUUUAAACGCUAGGAGCAAGUGAAUGCUUAAUUUUCAUCAGUUGGUUUUGGCUGUUUUAUUUCCUUCUCUGAAUUGAUCCUAUUUUUGCAUUGGAAUGAAUUAAUGACUAAUUAAGACUGUAAUUAUAAAUGGACAACUUCAGUUGAGUGUAAUACUCAUAUUAGUGCUAUGUAUUGUCUCCCUUUAUAUUGUAUGUUUUAUCCCCAUUCCCCAAAGUAGUUAUUUUGGUGGAUUCAGUCAAUUUAACCCAGUUCUGGAAAUGGGAGUUAUCCUUAAUUCAACUUGUAAAUCAAAUUAAUUGGAAUGUGGUGUCUUAUAUUUUGGAUAGCUUUACUUCUGUACAAUAAAGAACAUGUAGAUCAACAUUAUCAAGCAUGUCAUAAAAAGCAAUAACCAUAGCUAUGGUGAAUCAGAACGGUCUGCUUAAAGCUUGCACAAUGCUCCUGAAUGAAACGAUGCAAGAAUGCUGUGAUUGAGAUGAGCUCCUCAUAAAAUCUACUGUCUGAAACUCAACAUUUAGAAUUUGAUAAAACUGCUCAUUCUGAAUUUUGUUCAUUUAAAAAAACCUGUUACUGUGUGUACAAAAAGGAUAUGAAAAAAUUGAUGUAAUAAAUAUGACAAGAAAA